AGGAAAACCCGCACGAGCUCUAUCGCUAAAUGCUCUACUCUUCAUCCCUUUCUUUUUGUUAGGGUUUCGAUCCGAGCAUUCAAAACCCUAGUUUUUCCACCAUGGAUCGGCACCGUAGUGAUCGUGGUGGAGAUCGAGGCGGUGGGGACGGUGGUGGAAGGCACUCCAGGAUGCCUUCGAGAUGGUCAUCUGCCGAAAGCCCAACUAGCCAGCAGAAUCGGUACCCAGGUCACUCCCGGGGUGGUGGAGCGUUCUCUGGCGGAGGAGAGGGAUUCUCGGGUGGUGCCAUGCGCCACCACCCUUACCGACAUCCCGAUGAGUACCCGUCGCCUGGUGGAGGACCCGGAAUUCGCGGUGGGCAUGCCGGCGGAUUUCGGGGUCCUACGCCGCCAUUUGGACAGAAGCGUAGCGGAGAUUAUCAAGAAGGUGGUAAUUUUGCUAAACUCUUUAUUGGAUCAGUUCCAAGGACCGCAACUGAACAAGAAAUUCGGCCAUUAUUUGAGGAGCAUGGAGAGGUUAUUGAAGUAGCUUUAAUUAAAGAUAAGAGAACUGGCCAGCAACAAGGAUGUUGUUUCAUAAAAUAUGCGUCUUCAGAGGAAGCUGAUAGAGCAAUUAGGGCAUUGCAUAAUCAAUAUACUUUACCCGGGGGAUCAGGUCCUAUACAAGUUAGAUAUGCUGAUGGAGAACGGGAACGGCUCGGUGCGGUUGAGCACAAGUUGUUUGUUGGAUCACUCAAUAAGCAAGCUACUGAAAAGGAAAUUGAGGAAAUUUUUGCUCCUUAUGGUCGUGUGGAAGAUGUGUACAUUAUGAGAGAUGAGUUGAAGCAAAGUCGUGGAUGUGGUUUUGUAAAGUUUUCUGGCAGAGAGAUGGCAAUAGCAGCUAUGUCUGCCCUUAAUGGCACAUAUGUGAUGAGGGGAUGUGAUCAGCCAUUAAUUGUUCGGUUUGCUGAUCCAAAAAAGCCCAGGGCUGGGGAGUCAAGGGGUGGCCCUGCAUUUGGAGGUCCUGGUUUUGGUCCUCGGUCACAAGCACCACCGGCCGUGAGGCCAGGUCCCAACUUUGGCGAGCCUGUUGGUGGGCGGAUGCCACCAAAUGCCUGGCAGCCAAUGGGUCCACAGUCAAUGGGAGCACCUUCUCAAGUUAAUAUGGAUGGAUUUGGCAACAAUAAAUCAGGCAAAGGUGGUAUCCCUAUGCCUUCAGCUGGACCGGAUUCUUCAAGUGGCCAUAGUGGUCCCACAAAUGGUUCUCUUUCUGGUGUUGCUGGGAAACCACCUCCGUCGCAAAAUGACUUUAACCUGCCUGUAGGACAAAACCAGCCUGCUGGUCAGCAAUUAUCACCUGCACAAAAGUCGUUCAUAUCUCCCCAACAUUUGCCACCUUCCCUUCAGCCACUGCACAACCAACAAAACAUGGUUUCACAAUCACAAGGACAAGUUUUGCAGGUGCCACCACAGCAACUUGGUCAGAUUCCAAUCCCACAUUCUGGUGGCUUACCUUCCAGUCAGGGUCUACCAUCUCAGAACUUAAUUGGUAUUAGUGGCCAACCACCCGUUUCACAUCCUCCACUUCAACAGAAUGCCUCUGCCACGCCUCUCCAGCCUCCUCUAAGCUUGCAGCAGUUAGGUGUUUCAGGGGCUGCUACUCAACCUGUGCCUGCUGCUUCCUCCAUGUCACAACUCCUUCAGCAACCCAUUCAGCAAUUGCCAUCUCAGAUAUCACAGGCCUUACUUCAACAACAGGCACAAGCUUUACAAUCAAGCGUUCUUUCAUCUCAGCAGGCAAUUUCUCAGCUUCAGCAACAGUUGCAUUUAAUGCAACAAUCAAGUAUAAACCAACAACAAAGUUCACAGACUGGUAAACAGCAGCCACAGUGGACUGGGGUGACAUCAGCCACACCACAAUCAGCCUCAAGCAGCACCACUAGUUCAACUGCUGUGGUUAUUCCUUCAGCUGCAUCUACCACCCCUGCACUUCCAGCAACUCCUGUGGUUCCUCUAACCUGUAAUUGGACAGAACACACAUCUCCUGAAGGGUAUAAAUAUUAUUAUAAUAGUACUACCCGUGAAAGUAAGUGGGAGAAGCCAGAUGAGUUGGUGUUAUUUGAACAACAGCAGCAGCAACAGAAAUUAUUGCUUUUACAGCAGCAGCAACAAAAGUUGGCUGUCCAACAGCUUCAGUCACCAUCUCAGACGCAGCCACACACACAGAUUCCCCCCAAUCGGCAAGUUUCACAAGUACAACAGGUGGCUCCUCAGAUGCAGCUCAAUCAGCCGCCACAAAUGCAGCUCCUCCAGCCCCAGUUGGCGUAUCAAGCUUCUGGUGUGGCCAGCCAACCUAAUAUUCAGGAACUGAAUUAUGCGCAAUUACAAACAUCUACUUCUGUUAUUGACCCAGGUCGAGUUCAACAGGGACUUCAAGCUGCUCAAGAGUGGAUGUGGAAAAAUAAACCUUCAGGUUCUUGACGUUGAGACGACGGACACGGUCCAAUGAUGAGGUCCGAUAGGAGGGGAGCUAUCUUAUUGCGAGCAGAACCAAUUCGCCCCGGAUAUAAACCGGAGUGGUGCCUUAAAGACUUACUUUCUUACCAUCAGAAGUCCCAUGAGAACUUCUGCCUUGCAAUAGUAUCAAACCCUAAAUCCCAAAAAAGAGGAGCUGAUUUUGCAUUCCUCUUCAUGUUUAACCCAUAAUGUUGACUAGGUUGUAGAAUCACUGAAAAAAUUUCUAGUCCUUCUCCUUUUUCAGUCUUUGGAAUAAUAUUUUAUUUUAUUUUUUUGUAUUUAUUAAACUGUCAGAUGUUGUAAUGAGUCUUUAAUUCUGCAUAGACAGAACUCUAGUGUUUUUUUAGGGUUUUCAGUGACACAAAGUCUAUUUUAAAUUUUUAAACAGUUUGAUAUGAAGACUCAAAUCUG